AUGGUAAUCGUACUGUACAACGUUGUAGGAAGCCCACCAUGCUUCUUUAUUCGUUCCCUAGCUAAGGAAAUUGGCCUCAAUUUGACUCUUAAGAAUAUCGACUUCAAGAGUGGCGAUCAUCUGACCAAGGAGUUCCAGAAGGUCAACCCCUUCCACAAGGUGCCCACGAUUGACGAUGACGGAUUUGUGGUUUACGAAAGUAACGCCAUCGCCUACUACCUGCUGCGCAAGUACGCUCCCGCGUGCGAGCUGUACCCGGACUGCCUCAAAACCCGGACCCGGAUCGACCAGGUGCUGGCCGCGGUUUCCGGAAACAUCCAACACCACGCAGAAGCUUUCUUUCGUCCUCGUUUUCUUGACCAGUCAAAACCAGACGACGAGGAUGUGCUUACCUUCGAGGGAAAUGUCAUCAAAGGCCUAGAGCACCUCAUCGGCGAAGCAAAGUACGCUACUGGUGAUCGAUAUACCAUUGCUGAUUUAUGCCUCGUUGGUGAAAUCCUUGUUGCUCUCGAGAACGGUUCUGUGGAGAAAAGUAAUUUCCCCAAGCUGACUAGCUACUACGAGCGCGUCAAGGCUGCGCUGCCAUACUUCGAGGAGAUAUACACACCGAACGUCGACGUCAUCAAGCGCGUGUGGAGUGAGCUAAAGUAAACAUGAAGUGCGGCUGUGGGAAAAAAGCCGGGAAUGGUUCCUUCUCAAAGUGCGAAGCAAAAGGACUCUGGCUCAAAGUGUGCUUGAGUCUGAGUUCUGUAAGGGUUUUUGCAUAUUAAACGGUUA